AUGCGAUCGGCCAAGCUGAAGGCGGCUGCCACCGACGAGGCCCUGGCUGCGGAGCUGGCUGAACAGCAGCGGCUCGAGGUCAAGGAUGCGAAGAUGCUGCAGCUGGUGCGUGACUACCCGGAGGUACGGUCGCUAGAGGCCCAGCUAAAGUACGCCUAUCUCCGUAAGAGUCGUGCAGAGCAGGUGACGGACCGCACCGCCGCCAAGGCGUUGGAGGCGGAGGAACAACGGAGGUACAUGGAGCAUCUCGCGGAGAAGGAUCGACUUGCCAAAGUGGAAGAGGAGAAGAAGCGUCAAGAGGACAUGGAGCGCUUCCGACGCCAUCAGGCAGCGCAGCUAGAGAUAAUCCGCCAGCAUCGCUUGGCCGCCACGGAGGAAGCGAAGCAGCGCGAACAGGAACGCAUCGCCGUAGACGCCGUAGUGGCUCGAGUGCAAGAGCAGGACUUUCUCGAAACCCUCGCUCGUCGAGACCGGCAGCGUCAGCUUAUGGAGGAGCAGGAUGAGUUCUGCCGCCUCCGCGCUGCUAUGAAGAAGGCGGAGCAGGAUCGUGAGGCCAAAGAAGAGGCAGCGAUUCGCGCAUACCUCGAUGAGCAGGCUCGUAGACGCGAGAUGGACGCCAAGGUGGCGCGCGAGCGGGACGCUGUCAAGGCCCGCGUUUUGGAAGAGCAGGGCCGCCGCAUCGUCGAGGAGGAGGCCAAGAAGCGUGAGCUGGAGAUGCUGCUUCAGGAGUACUACGAGGAGGAGCGACUCACCAAGGAGCAGAUGCUUAUCGCGGCAGAGAAGGCGAGUCGUGAACGCAUGGCAGCCGCCGUGACACGCGAAAACCAGCAGCUCAUUGAUCAGCGCCGUCUUGCCAAGGAAGCACAGCUGGCCGAUGAGCUGCGCUUCCGGCAGUUGGCAAUGGAACAGUUGGCUUCCGAGGCGAAGAUGCAACAGCUCAACCGCCAAAAGCAAGCGCAGCUCAAGCGGCAGCACAUCGCCGAGGUGCAACAGCGCCUGGAGGAACGCCGGCUCCUCAAGGAGCAGGAGAAAGAGCUAGAACGAAAAGUGGAGGAGCAGGACCGCAAGCGAGAGGAGCAGAUCCAAGAGUACAUCCGACGUGCUCGUGCCCAGCUCUUGGCAGAGCAUCUACCCAAGUUAGGCUCCUAUGCCCCUGUGCGCGCCAUGCGGGACGAGGAGAAGAUUCAGUUUUUGCCUCAGAUCAAAACCGCCAGCGCUGCACUUCGGGAAAGCUAA